CACCAUGGAGUGGCUGAUGGCGUCUCUAAUUGCUGGGUCAGUGAUGACCGUGCUUGCAGCGUUGGUUUCAUCACAAGACGUUUGCAUUGUGGGUUCAAUGAUUGGCAUCGUGCCUGGUGGUCUGCCUCACUGGUUCCUACCGCAUGACGAUCCAUGUAAAUGCACAGCCAUACGUCUUGGCGGAAUGACCUUACAACCUCCGUCAUAUCAACGGGGGUCUCCCUAUAACCUGACAAGUCUCAUCUUGAGCGAAGAUGUCAAUGCUAUCCGAGCAUUUUUCAAAUGUAGAGCAUCAACUACUAGUGAUAUAGCACGUUGUGAGAGUCCUGUACCGUUGGGUCUGGAAGAUGGCAGCAUUCUGAAUUCACAGAUCACUGCUUCGAGUCAAGUAUCGGAGCAUCAUGGGCCAUCCCACGCACGUCUGAAUAACGGCAAUGGUUACUGGACUCCUCUCACAAAUGCUGGUUCCUGGAUUGAGGUGAAUCUUGCUGAGAAUGCAAUGGUGACCGGCGUCAUCAUACAAGGUUCCCCGUUUGACGACGGUGCGUUUGUGACCGCCUGUAAGAUUGGGUACCGAGCAUCCACCUCGCCGACGUCUGAUUACCAGUAUGUGAACGCUGCGAAUGGAGAACCCAUGAUGUUUCAAAGUCAAACUACCGACGCUAAGGCUGCCGUAACUGUGGCUUUUCCUGAGACCAUCGAAGCGACCGUUAUCCGCAUCGAGCCUCUCGCUUGGCAUAUUGGGGUUGGCCUCCGAUUUGAGCUACUGGGAUGUUAUAAUUGAUUAAUUUCCUGUUGUACACUUGUCGUACACUUCUGCACCAAUUCUAUUGACACCAUUGAUUAAUACUCCAAGCCUACUGCGAUACCGGAGAUUCUUCAGGAUACACAGCGAUCUUUUUUUUUAAAACUUAACCGAAACAGCUUCGGGUAAAUAUUCCUUUCCCGGACUUUCGCGGUCCUGAAGACUGCAAUAAAAUUGUUGUUUCAGCUAAAGUCGGCCUUCAGGUCGACCAACCAAAAAAUACCCGCAAUGUUCCCGAUUGAGGAUCGAAAGACACAAUCCCAUCGUUUAAAGUAAAUCACACAAAGAUGCAAACAUUAUUAUUGUGGUCUGGGUAUACCAAAUAAUGUAUAGCGUAACUGAAGGCGUACUUUCCCCCGCUCGAGGACUGUGUGUGUUUACUUGUAUGCCACCAUCAGAAUUUCGGUAAAGGCAAAAACAGAACUGUUUCCAAAUCUUUCCGAAAAAAAUUACGCCCCACAAAACACAAAACUCCAUUUAAUUUUUACUGUAUUUAUGCAACUGGUGUUUUCAUUCAUUCAUUGAAGUUUCACUGCCAACGUUACCUCACAAUGUUUUCAAGUGACGCAUGACAAAGACUGCAUGCAUUACAAAUCUUUUGCAAAAACGCACAAGUUUCUCACUAUUUUAAUUCAAAUUCAUUACAAUUUUUGUAUGUUAAGUUAACUUAGUAGCAUUACUUUCUCUAUUUUCCCCUCUAACUUAUGGUUUCACUGACAAGUCUUGCGCUGUAUAUUGCACCUGACGGCUGCAUGAGGGAAAAAAAUCAAUUAUCGCUGCAACUUGUUAUGUGAUGUCAUUUCGUAUGUUUCAUAAUUAUUGUAAAAUUAAUGUUCGCACUUUGAAUGUUAUUACUCAGUUAGACCCAUAUUAUAGGGGCGCAAAUAUAGCACCAGAGGCAAAGCCAAGGGUUAUGUGCCCCAAAGGGGUUAAACACGUCAACUGUUUUGUUAUAUCGUGAUAAGAUAAAUGGUUGUAAUUUAUUGUGUGGGAAAUAAAUUAAAUCAUUGCGAUGUAGCCUUUGAUAACUGACGGUUUUAUUGUCUGAGACUGAGCGGUUAACGUUGCCAUUCUUAUUGCGCAAAGCUAGCGCGCCCACAGGUUGCACAUGCGCGCGCAACGCGCACAGUGAACGCAGUGGGAUAUCACCUUCACUAUCAGAGUCUGACAUGCAUUUUUAUUGUUCGGACACGUGGCCGACCUAGACCAAUAAAAUUACAUUAUCAAAGCACACAAUAUAAAUAUAAACUAUUUAUUACAUAGUGAAGACAAAAAGGUAUAGAUAAGCAAAAGGUAUGGGUUUUGUAACUGUAAAGUAUCGUUUUUGUAUCGGUAAAGUAACAAUUUGCAGAUCCCUCUUAUCAAUUCUUCAUACAUUUUCGUGUGCAAUUGUUGAGGAGUGUUGUGACAUUUCCGUAUGAAUCUCUUUGAGAGUUAUAACUACAUGUGUAGCUAACUGUAAUGAAUUUUGGUCUAUCGAUAUGGAGUACUUUUUUGCCUUUCCUAAUAUUGUAAAUGUAUC